CCACACGUGGAAACCUUCCAGCAAAGCCCGCCCCCUGCGCUGUCACGUGAUGCUGCCGGUCCAGCGCUCUCAGGUGGAGUCUCUCCGCCAUUUUCCUGCAGCGCCUCGCCGCGGUCACUCCGUAUUGGAUUACAGGGUGGGAGUGGGUUGUUAAAGGGACCUCAUCCCUACUGAACCCCUCGUGCCCUCCUCCUCCUCGAUGGUUACAUCGUCACUCCGGAGCCCCCCUUGUCCUCAGCGCAGCGGCUGCUCCUCCUCCUCCCAGUGACAGGGAACAUGUCCGGCCAGAGCAUCACCGACCGCAUCACCGCGGCGCAGCACAGUAUGACCGGCUCGGCCGUCUCCAAGACCGUGUGUAAGGCCACUACCCACGAGAUCAUGGGCCCCAAGAAGAAGCACCUGGACUAUUUAGUUCAGUGCACCAACGAGAUGAAUGUAAACAUCCCACAGCUGGCGGACUCGUUGUUUGAAAGAACAACCAAUAGUAGUUGGGUGGUGGUCUUCAAGUCUCUUAUAACAACCCACCAUCUGAUGGUGAAUGGAAAUGAGCGUUUUAUCCAGUAUCUUGCAUCAAGAAAUACAUUGUUCAAUUUAAGCAAUUUCCUGGACAAAAGUGGCCUGCAAGGAUACGACAUGUCCACGUUUAUUAGGCGCUACAGUCGGUACUUGAAUGAAAAGGCAGUUUCCUACAGACAAGUUGCUUUUGACUUCACCAAAGUAAAGAGAGGGGCUGACGGAGUGAUGAGGACAAUGAAUACAGAAAAGCUACUAAAGACGAUGCCCAUUAUACAGAACCAAAUGGAUGCACUACUUGAUUUCAAUGUUAAUGCCAACGAGCUGACAAACGGGAUCAUUAAUGCUGCCUUUAUGCUCCUCUUCAAAGAUGCCAUACGACUGUUUGCUGCGUACAACGAAGGCAUCAUUAACUUGUUAGAAAAAUAUUUUGACAUGAAGAAAAAUCAGUGUAAAGAAGGCCUCGAUAUCUACAAGAAAUUCCUCACACGGAUGACCCGAAUUUCAGAAUUCUUGAAAGUAGCAGAGCAAGUUGGGAUCGAUCGAGGAGACAUACCUGAUCUUUCUCAGGCUCCUAGCAGUCUGCUUGAUGCUUUGGAACAACAUUUAGCCUCGCUGGAAGGAAAGAAAAUCAAAGACUCGACAGCAGCAAGCAGGGCAACAACUCUUUCAAAUGCAGUCUCAUCACUUGCAACCACAAGCCUGUCACUCACCCGGGUGGAUGAAAGGGAAAAGCAAGUGGCAGUGGAGGAAGAACAGUCUUGUUUAAAAUCUUUAAAGGAACAACGUCUGAAAGAGCUUUCAAAGAAACCUCACAGCACCUCUACAACGGCCUCCUCCCCGGUCUCCUCCACAGCAGGCAGUAUAAACACCAUGGCGGCUAUUGAUAUGUUUGCCACCCCUACUUCUUUAAAUAGUUCCAAACUGUCUAAUGACCUGCUAGACAUGCAGCCAACGUUCCAGCCAGCUGUCCAUCCUCUGUCUGUCGUGCAGCAAGUUGCAGGUUCCUGGGCAGAUCCUUUCACCUCUGAAGCUGCUGAUGAUUCCAUUCCAAGUCUAAAUCCGUUCCUCAGUAAAGCUAGCGAGGGUGUCCAGCUACCUGUCGUAUCCACAGAAUCAGCCAGUUUUACUGCUAAAACACCAAGCCAUGAAAUAUUUAUUGAUUCUUUCUGUGGUCCUCAAGGCUAUCCCAAUCCUUCCCAUUUCCGCAGUGAUCCCUAUACAGUAGCUGGUCUAUAUGGAGGGUUCACACCAUCCCUAGCUGUUCAACCACAGUCCUCCGGCAGCCUUAAUGUUGACUUUGAUUCAGUGUUUGCCAACAAAUCUCCUUCCAAUAUUAACAUCGACUCAACAGCUUUUGAUGAUUUAGGUGGGCUCCUUCAGCCAACAGUCACCUCUCAGAAUCAAAAUCUUCCUUCCUCUAUGAACCCACAAAACAAACUGGUGUCUGAUGACCUGGAUUCAUCCCUCGCCAACCUUGUGGGCAAUCUGGGCAUUGGAAACGGAACAACAAAGAAUGAUAUUUACUGGAGUCAGCCUGGAGAGAAGAAGCUCACUGGUGGGACCAACUGGCAGCCAAAAGUAGCUCCUACAACAACAUGGAACCCUGCAACUUUGAACGGCAUGCAUUUUCCACAAUACGCUCCACCAGUAAUGGCGUUUCCUGCAACAACGCCUACAGGGAUGGUGGGAUUUGGAAUGCCUCCAAUGGGACCAGUCAUGCAGCAGCCACAAUUAAUAUACAACCAGCCUGUUAUGAGGCCACCUAAUCCUUUUGGCCCUGUAUCAGGAGCACAGUUGUCUGCGGCAUCCAGCCCCUCCAGCCAGAGUCCUCACAGAGCUCCGGGCGAGGACCACUAUCCACAGCUCUCUUUGCAGGAUUUCUUGUAGGACACAUUAGAUGCAUUUCAUGUAACCCAGCCGGAAGGGGAUCACCCUUAGGAAAGGCAACGCUAAGUAACAAAAUCCCUUCUUCCAGUUCAAUCCAAGCUGCUGUAAAGCUCUCCUCUUCCUCCGGAAUGGUAGAAGAACAUGGCGUGGCGCUAUGAAAGACCCGAAGCUUUCCUUAGAAGAUAGUCGGAAAAGGGACCCGAUGUAUUCCCGUCUCUCGUCUUCAGUCCUAUAGAGUGAUGGUACCAGUCAUAUAGUGGGGGGCACAGGAUACCAGGACGUGCAAGUGCUAAGCGCUGUGAUUGGCUCUGCCGUGUGAAGUGAAACGAAUACCCAAUCUGCAGUCACAUUGUGGGCGGUUCCCUUGGGCAGGGUAAAUUGAAAACACAAGCCCCCCUGUCAUUAAUCACACAAUACUUUACUUCUGCUUGGACACAUACAGUUAGAUCCAUAAAUCUUUGGACAGAGACAACUUUUUUUCUCAUUUUGGUUUUGUACAUGACCACAAUGAAUUUUAAAUGAAACAACUCAGAUGCAGUUGAACUGCAGACUUUCGGCUUUAAUUCAGUGGGUUGAACAAAAAGAUUGUAUAAAAAUGUGACGAACUAAAGCCUUUUU